ACGCUCGCUCAAGUGGCCUCGCGGUCGACGGGUGGUUCCUUCUUUCGUUGGGUCGGCGCGUGUCACGUAUGGAGGUCAGAGGCAGUGAAGGUCCAGGGGCCGUGCCUCUGGAGAGCGGGUCUUAAAUGGUUUGAGUUGAGGUGAAAGUGCUAUACUUCUCCUUCAGGUAACGUGUCCCUGCCCAGAGCAUCAUGGCAUCUCGCCUGAUGCAGCGUUGCAUCUGCCUCUUGGCCACCCAGCAAGCCUCAUCCUUAACUGUAAUUGGUAGACUAAGGCUGGGCAGUAUUCCUAGCAAGAUGAUGACUACCACACGUGGAUCUGCUUUCUCUACUUUGGAUAAACUCUUAAAUAAGGAGCCAGUGUUCACCCCCUACCCACCCUCUCAAGAAGUCGACCAGAAGAUUGAGGAGGCUACCACCCCUGAGGAAGUGCUAGAAUUACUUGAUAGUAGGUACAAGCUUCAUCAUAACCAUGCUGCUCUCAUGGUAAUUAAACUUUCUCGCCUCUUGGUGGAUAAGCACCUGGACAAAAACUUACUCGAUAAUGAUGUCCGUCUAAAGAAGCUCUUCCGCACUAUGGACAGCCAGGUAUCCUCAGUCUGGCAUGGAACUCUUAUGAACUUGCUCCGGAGCCUCUAUGCAUUGCAACUUCCAGAGAAUUUCAAGCCCCUGCUAUCUGUGGAACAAGAGGUUCGCUGGAGGCUUCGCAGAGUUAAAUAUAAGAACCUGGUUUUUCUGGCAGAGACAAGCAUUCCCUACAUGCAGGAUCGGGCCUCAAGGGAACUCCUGACAGAACUAUUGAUGUACUUGGAGCGCCGCUGGACAGAGAUUGAGGACUGCCGCACUGUGGUGGUUCUCAUGGCGAAAGUGGGGCACCUCUCAGGGGCCCUAAUGGACCGGCUAGAGGACAAGUUCCUGGAGUUGGCAGAGCAGUUUGGCCCCGAAGACCUGCGAAAAGUGAUGCUGAUCUUGGCUUCUCAGAACCGGCGUUCAGUGCCCCUACUUCGAGCUAUCUCCUACCACCUGGCUCAGAAACCUUUUGCCUUGACAAGAGGAAUGCUUAUUGACUUUGCAUAUGCUUAUGGAAAACUAAACUUCCAUCAAACCCAGAUAUUUCAGAAGCUUGCAUCUGAACUGCUGCCCCAGGUGUCGAGUAUGACACCCAGUGAUGUAACUCAGUGCUCUAAGUCCUUUGCCUUCCUCAAGUGGCUCAACUUGCCUCUUUUUGAAGCCUUUGCCCAGUACGUAAUAAACAAGGCAGAUGACUUCACCCCACUUCAGCUGAGUAACAUGAUCCUGACAUUUGCUCGUCUGAACUUCCAUCCUGAGCAAGAAGAACAGUUCUUCAGUUUGGUACACAGGAAAUUGGAGUCAGAACUGGACAAGUUGAGCCCUGGCCUGCAAGUUGAUGUGGUAUGGUCCCUGUGUAUACUACAGCAAGUACAGAAGAAACAGCUACAAGAGGUUCUUUGCCAGGAUUUUCAUAGCCAGUUUCUAGAUGGCAAGUUCUCUCAGAACCAAAACACCUGCCAGAAGCUGAUCCACAUCAAUGCUACCGCUCAACUAGAGCAUCCUGAGUACACUGGGCCAUUCUUGCCACCAGUGGCCCUACACCCUCAAGCUUCCACACCCAAGACACCCAUGCAGAAAGAUCUGCAGGAGAUACUGAAAGGGUGGCUGGGGAGUGAUGACAAGGUCCGUUUUGGAGAAAUCACUCAGUAUGGCUGGGAGCUAGAUGCUGAGUUGGUACUUGAUGUAGACAAUCAACCUCUGCCCAUGAAGGACUUUUUGGCACCUCACCUGGCUCAGCCAACUGGAACUCGUCCUCUGCCCCCUGGUGCCAAGAGGUUGGUUUUUCUGCGUUGGGAGUUCCCAAAUUUCAACAGCCGAAGCAAGGAUCUGCUGGGUCGGUUUGUCAUGGCCAAGCGGCACCUUCGGGCGGCUGGCUUCUUGCUGGUUGAUGUUCCGUACUAUGAGUGGAUAGAACUGAAGUCUGAAUGGCAGAAGGGUGCCUACCUCAAGGACAAGAUGGGGAAGGCGCUGGCAGAAGAUCUGGCCAAGUGACCAACCUCAUAACCUUGGAUAAUGCCAGUCCUUCAUUGGAACAGUUUGUAUCCAAAGGAGGAACUUAUGUAUCCAGGGUCCUACCCAGCAGCCCAAUCUUGCUCCCAGAGACCUCAGGCAGCACUUAUUUCUGCCUCGCAAGGACAUUUCCUGGGCACUCUAUGCUGGUUGUUUUGGGGCCUUUCUCCUCAUUGACCUGACUUCUUGCUGCUGCUGAAUAGGGAUUAUUGGAACACCCGGUCCUGGGUCGGGGGGAGACUAACCAUCAUUCCUUCAUUGUAAAGGACAAUCCCCCCAAUAAAGGUUUCCCUCCAAGUUGUGAA